AUGAUAAGAACUCCACCGCUAGACAGUGGUUGCAGUAGCAUUGCAAUCGAUGAAAUGGACUUGGAGGAUGAGGAAGCUACGGUGGAAGUACCGCUAAAGCUGAAGCGAAGUAUCUCCAAUAAUUUCCCUGAUUUGGCUGUAGUUCACAGAAAGGCGAGGGUAACCAGCCGCGUAACAGAUAGCCAAUCUAAGAAAGAAGUUGAGGAAUUGUUAGAGCAUGCUGCAGAAUGGAAUAACUUAAUGGCGUGCAACUUGAGUGUUGGCGACAGUUUCGGGAGUGAUUUGUUACAGAAGGGCUGGCCCCGGAAACCAGAUAACAUACCGAAUGUCCUAGACGAGUUGGAGUCCGAGGAGGUGCUUAGCUGGAGCACUAUCUCGACACCGGGUUCCAUGAGGUGCAUUAACGCGGGGCUUAAAAGUAGCCACGUCGAAUACGACGAUUUUCUUUCUCGUGAAAGAGCAUUACAGCUUUUGAAGGAGGAUACCGCUGCGAUCCUAAGCCUCUCUGAAGGCCAGCGAUGCGAUAAUAGCGAUAUCAGCCCGUUUGAGAUGCGAACGGCUGCGACCGUGACGUUUGAGGAGUAUCUCGAUCGCAUCAACGCUAAGUGUCAUUUCGGGGCUGAAGUGUACCUAACUGCUCACUGCUUGUUCCAAAGACUUACGAUGCAACAAUUGGAUUCACUUGAUAAUGAAAGACGCUGGCACGUCAAACGACCAAUAACACUUUUUCAUGUCCACUACUUGAUCGCCGCACUAGUGCGAGUAUCAGCUAAAAUUGUUAAUGACUCUAUACAUUCUCACGAAUACUUCAGUAGGGUCUGCGGUAUAUCCAAGAAAUUACUAACGAAACUAGAACUCUCCUUGAUUCUGGCAAUCCACCAGGAAGGAUUAAAUAUCACCACUGAGUGUCUUAAAACCCCAAAUAUCAUCCACCAGCAAUUGCAGGCCCAGCCUUCUGAAGCCCAAACUAAUGCCCAGGCGUGCUUGCAUUCAAGCACCCAUGAAACAUCUUAUUAA